AUUUCAUUACCGAGCUUAAAAUUCACCAUCUUUAUUAAUUUAUCACUACUCACGAUGACUUGGUAGUCAAUUGUUCUACAAAAGGUGGUUGUGUUCCAUAGACUGGAAAAAAUAUAAAAUUGGGCUAAUUUGCAUCUCUCUGAAUAUGAAUGGUUUGCAUAAUUACUGAUGAAGGAAGUACUGAUGGAAUGGUUUAUGGUGUUUUACAGAUUUCCACGGAAGGUUUGAUUGUACUCCCUUCAGAGCCAGGGCUUGUUACAUUUGAGAGUGCAAGCAGUUCAAGGUCCUGUUCUGGUAUUGAUUACACGAGUGUUGUCAGAAGUAGGAGUGCUGGACGUGUUGAGAGGAGUCUUAAACUGGCCAGAAAAAAAGAGCUGGAAGGUGAAAUUUCCAGGCGAAACAGUACUGGUGCAGAGAUUGUUGUUAAUAAUGAUUCUAUCAUUUCAAAUCUCGGGAGAUUAAAACUUACUAACCAAGGUCAAGAAAUGGAAAGCCCUACAAAGACCGACAUUGAGUUGUCAUCAGACAGUGAUAAGGACAAGUGUGGGCCAAGUGAUCCAAGUGAUAAAGUUCAAGAGGCUCCUGUUGAACUGAAAGGAGAGUUUCUUAUGGCUGUCAUGGAUGAAAACUAUGGAAAGGCCAAGGAAAUCUGCCACCAAAUUUUGUUGCUGGAGCCAGACAAUAAAACAUGCAGCGAAUUCCAUGCUGUGAUUGUGGAAAAAAUGCAGCAAGAUGCAGCUGAUGAGGACAAAAAUAGUAGUGACGAAGACAAUGAUAGCAGUAGAAGUAGUUAUAGUAGUAGUACAGAAAGUAAUGAAUCAGGUGAAGAAGAUAAAAGUCAAGAGAGUGAUUAUGAAAACAGUGAAGAUGACGAUAGUGAUAACGGCGAAAGCAGUUCUGAUGAAGAUUUCACUCCCCCAUCAGGUCCCAUUAACCUAAUCAUGGGCGGUCUUCCUAUCAGACCCCAGAGCAGAUGAUAGAGUGUAACAGACUGUUUCAGCAACCGCUUUGUGAUCGUUUACCAGUAUCCUAAAGUAGUCUUCGAUUGAGUAGUGAGAGUAAUUAACGUGUUGUUACUUGUUGUAAACAUUUAUAGGAAGCUAUGCUUUCUCUUUGCCAACCAUGCGGAGAACAAAACAGCUUUAUUAGAAUUGUCACCACUGUAAUACGUUACAGUUUACCUUGUUGCUAGAUUACGCUAUCACCAUUUGUUAUUAUUUGCCUGCCAAAAUGCAAUUUGAUUGUGAUACAGUGUUUAUACAACUGGU